CUUAACUUCUCUCUCUCCUCUCCUCUCCUCCCAUCCACUUGCAUCUCCACACUUCAUAUAUCAUCGCUGGUUCAACCGCAUAUUCACGAAUCCUCUGCCUUCGGUUCGCACGUCAACAUCGCCGUCCCAAGCUAUUGUUAUCGUUCAGUGCACAACACAGGCUUGUGGAACUAAUGGAGACUUCUAAAGAGAUAGGAUGCCGAACUCCAGAAGGCCCAAUCCUUUGCGUUAACAACUGUGGUUUCUUUGGAAGUGCAGCCACUAUGAAUAUGUGUUCUAAAUGUCACAAAGAUAUGAUUUUGAACCAGGAGCAGGCCAAACAAGCAACUUCUUCUAUUGAAAACCUUAUUAAUGGAGGGGCAUGCAGCAAUGGAAAAGAACAUGUAGGUACUGGCCCUGUGGACGUGAAAUUGGUUUCCAUUCCUUCCAGUGCAUCCCCCCAUCCCUUUGGUUCAGAAGUGAAGGCAAAAGAGGGCCCAAAUAGAUGCAGUGCCUGUCGAAAGCGUGUUGGACUAACUGGUUUCAGUUGCAGGUGCGGAAAUCUGUUCUGCAGUUCUCAUCGUUACUCUGACAAGCACGAUUGUCAGUAUGAUUACCAGACUGCUGGUCGGGAUGCCAUAUCUAAAGCCAAUCCUAUUGUGAAGGCUGAAAAGCUUGAUAAGAUAUAAUGUUUUCAUGCAUUGAAAUAUAAUACUUUUCAUUUGUCCUAAUGUGUAUUAACAUUGGCAUCAUGUCUGGUUGAGGUGUGCCCUUUAACAAUAUUAAUGGUUUGUUGAAAUGGAACAAGGGCACCAUUGUUGGGCAUGAUUAUGAUA